UUGAAGAAAGUAAGAAAAAAGGAAGUCGAGGCCGGGUCUGCGGGCGAGGACUCGGACGCCUUGUUGUGGUUGUCAGCUGGAGGGGACGGAGGCCAGACAUUCCUGCACAUUUUCCCCCCCGCCGCCCUAACGAGAUGGAGGACGUCAGCCAGAGCGAGGAGCAUCAGUUCGUGGUGGAUGAAGUGAGCACCAUCAUCAAGGAGAGCAUCGAGACAGUGAUCGGCGGCAACGCCUACACCAGCGCCAAGGUCAACAAUUGGACGUCGCAGGUGGUGGAGAAUGUGCUCGGGAACCUCUCCAAGCUCAACAAGGCCUUCAAGUACAUCGUGUCAUGCGUCAUCAUGCAGAAGAACGGAGCCGGCCUGCACACGGCCAGCUCCUGCUACUGGAACAACGACACGGACGGCUCCUGCACCGUGCGUUGGGAAAACAAGACCAUGUACUGCAUCGUCUCCGUCUUUGGACUGGCGCUCUAGGGUGGCGGCUGCUGAUAUAAGACUAUCACCAAUGUUGUAGUCCAGCUUUUUCUUCUCAUUUUCAACUUUAUCUGUGUUGCAUUGAUCGUCAAAGUGGUGCUGCAGUGACCUUGGCCGCUAGUAUCACUUUGUCUUGUUUGGGUUUUCUCUUCAUUUUUAAUUAUUAUUAUUAUAAGAGACAAAGCAGGUAGAGAGGGAGGAGUGUGGACAGUAUAAGCUGCUAGUUCAGCAUCCCCUAAACUUUAUGAUGCGUUACUUCCGUUCUUGGUCUGGUGGUCUUACUUUUAGUUUUUCUUUCUCUCUACAGUAAUAUUAGAAUGUAGCUGCCACCAUAUAUAUAUUUUUACAUUAAUCUUUUUUCUUCAACUCCCAAGAAAGCCAUAAUUUUUUCUUUUUGUUUGUUUUGUUUCCCCUUCACGACAUUUUUCUCCAGACUAAACUAUCCCUGGGGUUAUGGAAGCCAUUAUGUUUUUUUAAGAAGCAGUUUGACUUGGCCCCAUUUUGCUUUCCUUUCAUUGUCUUUCUUCUGCCUUCCAUUCUUUGUCUUUCCUUUUUCUGGAGACAAGUAAGUAAUCAGCUCUAUUUCUUCCCUUUUCUUUCAAAUAUUUUCAUCGGAGAUUCCUUUCUGUGUGUGUGUGUUUGUGUGUGUGUGUUCCAAUCAGCUGUUCUCUGUUAGAUUUCCGGUGAGGUCUCAUUACUCUUCCCAGCACUCUUCAUAAUAAUCAACCUGCAUUCACAGAUCAAUUUGGCCAAAGGAUAUUAUUUACAAAUCUGUCCAUUUAGGUGGUUAAGGACGGGCGUAUGAACAUGUGUGCGCAUCUGUGUGUGUGUUUGUAUGUGAGGGUUUGGGGAGGAGACUGUAUAAAAUAAAAGUUAAUAAGAUAAGAGAUGCAGUAUAGUUUUGGGGUCACAGUGAAUUUCCUCCUUGACACCCAUUGACCUAACAUCUGACCCAAGUCUUCUAGGGUCAGGAAAGAUCACCAGUAAAUUUCCUCCUUAACUGACCUUAUGUGACCUGACUGGAAUCUUGUACAUCUAGUCUUGUGAUCACAGUAAAAUUCUUCCUUAACUGACCAGAAUUGAAUCUUUUGUAUUUAGAGUUUUGGGGUCACAGUGAUCUCUUUAUGUCCACUGACUUGUCCUUGGUGAAGCAGACAGGUUAAGGGGUGACCAUUCAAAUCCACAAGUUUAACAUCAUCAGAAUAUCAUCACUUCGUAAACAAAGCGCCUAACUCACUAUUUUCUACUUUUCAGGAGAUCAAAAAAGAACUGUCAUUAUCUCAUUUGGCUUAAGAGUUAGGCAGAAAUGAAAAGGCCAAUUCUAGAACACACAAACCCUGAAUGACGAAGGCAACUAUACAGAAAUGGGCGUCACAUGAUGGAAAUUUGAUGUAGACAAAAACCUGAAAAUCACUGAAAAAUGGCAGGCGAUUAUUUUAUUAGGGUGACGAUAUGUUAGGUCUGGCUGGGUGCCUCUUCAAAACUCAAAAUCUAAUGGUCUACUUAGGGCAGGGCAGGUCAUUUCCAUCGGUCAUUUUUUCUGUGGUUUAGGAAGAACAAUAAAGUAAGGAAGGAAGGAAGGGACAUAUGACCAAAAGUGGCGUUUUCUGACUUAUGUUACUAAUUUUUCAUUGUGGUUUAUGAGAAUAUAUAAAAGUGAAAGGAGGAAUGAUAAUAUAACUCUUGUGGACUGUGACUUGCCUUACUGAUAUUUGAGGUACAAGAGGAGAAUAAUAUAUAAAAGUAAAAGGAGGAAUGAUGACAUAACUGUGACGCAUUGUGACUUGCCUUACAAUAGUUGCUAGGUAUAUUUUACUAAAGGUCGGUGUAUGUCGACAUCUCUUAAUGAAGUUUGAAAUGAAUUCAAAAGGAGCAUCGGAGUUGAGUUGCCUUGUUUAAGUUAUAUACUGAUACUGUUGUCUUUGUUAAGGCUCCUGAAAAUAUCCUUGUUUAUAGUUAUUCGUUAAUAUAUCCGUCGCCUUGGAAGUUUUGUUGUUGUUAAUAUUUCUGCAACGUUGAUUUCUCAUGUGUGAUUUUGAAAUAUUCUUAGAGCCAAACGUCCUCAGCUCAGAGUAUUCAGGGGACGCCUGUGUCGGAAAUGUUAAGAGAAAGUUAUAUGUGUGUGAAUAACCAAUGUUACUCUUUUUUACUCUCACAAUCUGUCUAAUGGAAAGGUUAUUUUUUCUAUGGGAGAUAUAGUCUGGCUUAACCAUGUAGAUAUACUCAAAAACAUAAUUUAGUUUGCUUGUCCAGAAUUACUUGUAGGUAUGCAGUGUUUGGGAAGGUGCAUGAAUACUGCUGUGCACUGGUCCACACAGCAUUGCUAGUGGAUAUAUAUUUAUCUCAUCAUGUCUGCUAGAGAAGAUAUUAAUGCCAAAGCUGCAUUUUACACACUAGAGCUCUAAGGCCUUCACACUCAUUCAUAUAUUUUUGAAGUAUUUACCAUAGGUAGGUAUAAUGGUGAUAGUCAGUGAGGGAUGAAGUUCAUUAUAUUUCAUUGCUUGAGUUUCAUUUUGCACGUAAUUUUAACUUCCUCUCACAUGAUUAGUAUAUUUUGGGCUAUUAAAAAUGAAGCAGGUGGUGGCUAUGCAAUGAAAUUCAUCACACACAUCAUUGUCGGGUUGGCACAUUGAUGAGACAGUGUUAUGAAUUCAUUAUAAAUUAAUAUUAGUCACUGAAGAAGAUGGCGAUGCUCAGUUUACAGUUACACAUGUAUCACCUUUAGGGAUUUACUUGGCAAACACACAGUCAUGAAUAUCUCUUACACUAGUCCGUGCUUUACUUGAGAAAAUAAUGGUGGGCCAAAGGAUGCUCCUGAUGAUGAUGGUGAUGCCCUACAUCCCAUAAUACAGCAAGUGGCCACCAGUACAGGCAACUGCCAACCAAUGAUCUUGAAGUUUUCCUACCAAAAGGCCAAACACUUACGAUUCCCUAAAAUAGACAAUACAAUCUGUCUGUGACUGGCGGAACAAUCACAUGAUAACUAUGCUGCACAGUGGUGGCGCGGUCAAUUGAUCACCAUGCCAAACUGAAGAACACUCCCUACCCAUGUCACACUCAACUUACUUCUGCAGUUGAGCGUGUGCAAUGCUUUACUAGCUGACAAGUUUUUAUAUUUAAUGUUUUUUAUUUUAUUUUAUUAUUUUUUUUUUACGUUGCUGCCUAUUGCGCCGGUAGGCAUCUUCCCGAUGGGGCCUGAUGGUCGGCCCAAGGCUUCUUCCAGGUGGGGCCUGAUUGUCGGCCCAGCCCGUUCUGGCGCAGGCGAGUGUUUAUAGUGGCGCCAUCUUGCAUUGCAUUGCAAGUAAACACUUAUGAGUUUGUUGUGACCCUCUUUUAUGACUAGCUUUAGCGGGUAGGAUCGAUUGAUAUAUCAUCAAUUUGAAAAACGUGACCCAAUCACAUAGCAAGGGAUGCCUGCACUCCAGUCAGCAGAUGCCUUCCUUGUGUCACUGAUGUCUCCGAGGCAUCACCAGAUUAACAAGUAGACUAAUGUAAACAUACGUUAACACAUCAUAUAGAACAAGGCUCAUUAAUAUCAUGUAUGCUACUACAUCCUAAAAAGUUUGCCUUUCACUUCAUCACAAGAUGAACGUGAACUAGGAAUGCAACACAGAGUUCACCAAUUCACAAGCACCAUUCCAAUUGGUUCUCAUAACAAGAAAACAACAGAAAGUUGAGGUGAGGUGUGAAAAUGAAAUACAAUUUCAAAAUAGAUGCUGAUAAUUUUUUUAUUUUUGACACCAUUUUCAUUCCUCAGUUUAAUUUUUCCUGUGUACUAGGUAAUUCUUUCUGAUGGCACAGUUGGAGUGGUGUGUGUGAACUGGUAAAUGUACCCUAUAAAAAUUACCUUAAAAGUACUUCCUUCAAUUUGUCUUUCCAAGUCUUUGGCUCCAAGGCACUCAUUGGUUUGUACUUGUCUUUAUCAUCACCUCUCUCUGGGUCAAGUGUUGUCCCCUUGCCAAGUGUUUGCUGUGCGCCCCAGGACCACGGGAGUGACACAGCCCGUGCUUGUUGGUCCCAUGGCUCAGCUGUUGCCAAGGAAAGGUCAUCAUGUUGGUGUGGUGUGUCAAACAGAAAGAGUCAUGUUCACAGUCAUUAUCAUAUGAAGUGAGUGGCUGUUGUCAACACCUGCCUGUGGCUUUAAAUUAUUGUCAUUAUUAUUAUUGAUUGAUUGAUUGAUUAUUAUUAUAUAUUAUUCAGUUAAAUUUUCCACUGAAUAUGUCAAGGCAGUUAUCUGAUUUGAUGAGUUCAACAAGUGUGUGCGUGUGUGUGUGUGCAGAUACUGACCUUGACUGAUCUGCAUCUGUGCCAGGAUGAACAUGUGAUCCUGAUGUGUUAAUGUGACAUUUUAUUUAUUUUGUGAGUAGUUUUUAUUGGAUUGGCAAUGACACAUGCUAUUGCUAUUAUUCAUAAUUUUUAUUAUUAUUAUCAUUACUAAUAAAACAGAAAUUACAUAG